AUGCCCCCUGGAGCGAUCAUGAUGGCUAGAAGAGACGAAGAGAUAUUCUCGAUUUUGCAAGAGUAUUCGGCAUGUGAUGUAUCAGAUGCCCUCUUAAAACUCGAGGCUGUCCCGAAGGGCGGCACUUGUUAUGCAGGGUUUAUAGCAGAUAUCGUCCUCAGUCUGACAUACCAAAAACACCAAGUGCCAUUUUCUCCUUCCAACAAGGAUGUAGAGAAACAGCCGAAGAUCAUCGGCUAUGCAUCGACAGUCAAGUUCAUGCCCAAAGCUGAUCUAUCACCUGCCGAAUCUUUAGACGGAGAACAUGGGUUUCCGCCUGGUACACACUGGGUAGAUCAUACAGAAGCGGAUACUGUGGUUCUACUUGACCAGCCGGAGAAUCAGAAGUGCGCAGUCCUAGGUGGAAUUAUGGCCUCACGAAUGAAAGUCAGAGGUGCAAAAGGUGCAGUAGUCAAUGGCCGUGUUAGAGAUUUAGCUGAACUACGGGGUCUACAGUUCCCUGUCUGGGCUCGUGCAACAUCAACGGUAGGGACUGGUGCUGAAGCGAAAGCAGUCCUCCGUAAUGUGCCCAUUUGCAUCCAAGGAGUGACUGUAUCACCGGGUGACAUACUGUUCUGUGAUCCGCUUGAGGGCGUCGUGGUUAUACCACUUGGCCUCGUUAACGAUGUCCUAGAGUUGAUGCCAAAGCUCGUUGCUGCAGAUGAGAAGGUUAAAACAGAUGUGUCGAAUGGAUCUACAGUAUUUGAGGCUUUCAAAAAGCACAGAAAUGGGUAA